AGAAAUUCUGCGAGAAAGGAAAGAAAUUUUUCAGUAGCAGUGAACUGGGAAAAAAAAGGAUUUGUGUUCAUAUUGUGCAAGGAUGGUUCCGUCCACAGAGAGGAAUGAUGGGCUGGUGGCCAGACAGAAACCACUCCAUCGCUUCAUCAAAGGAGAGCCCCAGUGUAUAGGGAUUGCAGUGCUGUUUUUUGGCUGUGGGGAGCUGCUCAUUGGGUUGCAGCUUUUCAAAGAUGACAGUGUCAAUUCUGCAACACUGUAUAUCCCAUUCUGGCUGGGAGCGCUGUUUCUCAUUUCAGGAAGUCUUUCCAUAUAUACAGAAAACCAUCCCUCCAAAAAAAUGGUGACAGUGUGUCUGUCGAUGUACGUGGUCAGUCUUUUGGGAGUGUUCAUCUCUCUGUGCUACAGAGUGCACUGUUUCAUUCACAUUGAGCUCUACCUGAUCGAUGUUGACGACUGGACCAGGUGGAGAUAUGGGCAGGUCAUGAACACAGAGGCCGUGUUAUUAGCUGCGUCCCUGUGCUGCUGA